AACCCCCUUCAAGCUCUGAUUGAGCACUAUCUAUUCGUCUUGAGAGUCGGCAGAAAAUGCCAAAGAGAUAGACACUGUGGUAAGACCAAGAGAAAAGGGUUGGACAGUAAAGACAUACCCUCAUUGUGCUAAAAAGUCGUGUGUGCUCAAGUCAUUAUCUUAACUUAGAAGGUGAUCGUGAGCUCUGAAGGAGAUCAAUCAACAACAACUGAAAAAAAAGAAGGAAACUUGACUAAAUUCACUCCAAGUGGCACGCUGUUGAUGGUGUCGGAGCACAAUACGUGGAGCGACGUGAUGUCCAAUUCGGACCUCACAGACUCGAAGAAUGAGUUGUGCGGGGGAGCCUCGAGCUCCAGCGGCAACUCAUUGAGCCCGAGGACGCCGCCAAAUUGCGCCCGCUGCCGCAAUCACGGCCUCAAGAUUGCCCUAAUGGGUCACAGGCGUUACUGCAAAUUUCGUUACUGCAACUGCGAAAAGUGCCGCCGCACGGCCGAACGACAGCAAGUGAUGGCCCCACAGACGGCCCUAAGACGUGCUCAGGCUCAGGACGAGGCGCGUCAAAUCUCCGCGGAUGAGGUGCCACCGACACCACCGCCACUUACUGGUCAAAUUGCAACAACGCCCAAAAGUCAGUGCGACGGUGAACUACCGCGAUCGAAUACAGUGCCAACUCCGGCACGUUCCCUCGAGGGCUCCUGCCACUCAUCUUCGGCAACACCAUGCUCCGCUUCUGGUGAACCCAUCACCGUGCCAUUAAGCCGCAAGCCUCCACCAGUUAUUCCAACUGUUAGAAGCCCAGCAAUAUUUGGAAAGGUUGGAAAGCGAGGAAAUUCCCGCGUGGGCGCGGAAAAGUGGGAUGAUGAAAAAUCUGUGGGUGCGACUGUGCUGAAAAUCCGAAUGGGUCAGAGUUUGAGUGUUUGCUUUGGUAGAACACUUAUUAUCAAUGAUGUGAAAAACUGCAAUAAUCCAGAUUGCGAUCCGAGCGUUAAACCCCCAACAGCAGCUGAAUUGGAAGCUCUCAUUGUGCGCCUAGAGAAGAUUGUUGAUCGUCUGGAACGAAGUGUUUCAGCACGUGAGUUAGCUAUUGUCAAUCAGACCCUUGAUUCGGUGAAAAAUCAGCAGGAUAUUGUUCCGGAAGAGUCUAUUGAAAGGGCAGAUUGUUAUUUGAGUAAAGAGGAAUCCCUUGAUUUGGAUCUACCUCCACCACCAACACCACCACCCACAGCAACUGCAACGAAGAAUUUUUCAACCCUUUCGGCGGAUCUUGAGCAGAGAAUUAAUAAUCUUGAGAGUGCUGUAAGGAACGGACAGGAAAAGCAACAGGAGGAACAACAGCAAGAGACUGAGGAGGACUGAGAAGUUUUUUCUACUGACACCCCCACAAAAAAAACCCUUAAAUUCUAGAGAGAGUGAGAAUGUCUUUUUCUAAUGCAAAUUUUGUCACAAAACAAUAGGUUUGAUUUUUAUUUUUGAAAUGAUUUUCACUUUCAACCCCCCCCUCAUGUUUUUUCCCAGAGCAUGAGCAGGAAAAUUGUAAUUUAAGUGUAAUUGAUUGAAAAGAUAAAAGAAUAUUUAUCGAAAAGUGAGAGAAAGAGUCGAAUUAGAUAGUUUAAAGUGCAUUUUUUAAGGUACUGCAACUAACAGUUUACAGAAUUUUUUAUGUUUUACUUUUACGUCUUUUAUUCAUUUUUUUUCUUUUAGAGAGUUGGAAUGAUUUUUUUUUAAAUUAAAUUAAAAGUAAAACGAAGAGAAAAAAAUCAUUUCCGAAAAACUCAUUAAUAUUAUAAACAACAUAAUCCAUAAUUAAAACAAAACAAAAAAGUAUGUAUUUAUCCUCAAAAGAUUUUAUUGCUUCUUUUGUAAAAUAAAAAGAUUUUUUUUGACUACAAGAAA